UCUUGACCAGCAGAUGCGCUUAAGAUGGAAGAACUGGAUGUAGUCUUUUUUAAGUCCAACUUAAAAACCCAGUCUUAAACCACACCGUUGUGUUUGAGUAACAAGACACUAAAGCGUCUUUAAAUGUCCAAAGUGUGGACCUGAGUCUUUGCCUCGUGAAGUGAUGUCCCGACUUGUCAAGAAAUCUCCGUCUCUGUGUGUGGAUCUGCCGCUGGACCACAGUGACGUUCGUAACAAGCUUCACUUACUGAGGCAGCUCCUGACGUCUUGUUUUGGUCCGACUGGUAAACUGAAACUCGUUCACAACAACAUCGGAGGACACGUUGUCACCACCUCGACCUCAUCACUUCUCCUCGCAGCCGUUUCAUCCUCACAGCCUCUUGUUGACCUCAUCAAAACCUCCAUCCUCAACCACGUGUCCCGGUUCAGUGACUGCGGUUUGUUCGCUGCCACUCUGUGUUUGGCUCUAAUCGAACAAGCAAAGCAAAGUGGCCUCAGAGGAAACGUGUGUAUCAGACUGAACAGGCACUUCCUGGAUGUGUGUGUCAGUUACCUGCAGAGAGAGGACUGCUGCUGUAAAGUGAAGCUCGACUUCUGCAGCAGCCACAACCUGAUCACUUUAGCUCGCAGUGUUAUCUCCAGCAAACCAGCAUGUUUGCUCACAGAGCAAGAGACGCUUCACAUCAGCAAGCUGGCUGUGCAGGCUUUUCUACUGACUGUUCCCUGUGACAAACCAGGUGCAGUCUCUCUGGGUCAGACAGUGACCAUCUCUGUUGAGGGCCACUCUGUGCUCAACUCUGCAGUGUUUCCAGGUUUGCUGGUGGAUGUCACUGGUGCCCCAUGCAUCAACAAGGCAGAGAACCUGACUUCACAUCCACUGUGCAUGGUGUUGUUCAGCGCAUCCCUUGCUGGAGACAUUCCUGAACUCGGAGGUGGGAUCAUCGAAAUGUCCUGGGGUGUAGACACAGACGCACAGAUCUUGGAUCAACUCCUGGAUCUUGGCAAGCAGGCAGUUAAAGAUGACGUCAAGCUCUUUGUCUGUCAGAAGGUCAUCCACCCAGUCCUACAGCAAUACCUGAGGAGUCAAGGUGUCAUUGUGAUCGAGAGAUUGGGAAUCACUCUCAUGGAACCGCUCACUCUGCUUACAGGUGCUCAGCCUGUGGCCACAUUACACACCACACUCCCAGCCAAGGCCUACGGGAAGGUGAGGGAUCUCAGUAUAAGGCAGUUUGGAUCCAAGACUAUGCUGCAUUUACACGCACCCGGGGAGUCUGCAAUCUGCACGAUGGUCCUCUGCCAAAGGAACGAGACCAUGCUAAGCGAGCUGAAGGUAGUGUGCCAGAAGACAGAACAUGUGUUGAGGCUCACCCUCAGGGAGCCGUAUGCCUUACUUGGAGGUGGGUGCACUGAGACGCACUUGGCUGCUUACGUCAGACACAAGAGCACAAACAAAGCAACAGAGUCUGCUGCAGUAUUAGGGUGCUCACAGUCAGAGUACCUUCUCAGCAUGGACGGAUUCUGCAGCUCUAUGGAGUCUGUGGCCAAAUCACUGGAGCACAAUGGUGGGAAUUCUUUAAUUGAUCUGACUCAUGCUCACCACUGGACCCUGCCUGCAGAUGUGAUGAACGGAUGCGUAGAGGAUAGCUUGGGCUUCUGCGGCUGUGGACUGGUGGAAGGAAGCUCAAAUAAGAAGUGGACUUAUCUAAACACAAAAUAUGCUGAGUUCUCACCCGCAGCCCUCGCUACAGAUUCUCCUGUGCAGACACGUGUGCUGGACUCCUUCACCGCUAAACUCAACGCAUUGCAAGUUGCUGUAGAAACUGCUAAUCUCGCCCUAGAUGUGAGAUACAUAAUUAAGGAUGUGAACUAGUAGAAUAAGUAUUUUUGUCUCAUGCUAGAUUCUAGUUUGUGAAGAUGAAAGUGACAUUUUUGAUUGACAAGCUCACCUUCAAGGACUUAAAACCACCUUUAAAUUAUGUGCGAUAGAGUUGUAUGAUUUAAUUAAUCAAAAUAAUUCAGCAUCUAUGAAACAAUUUACCAACACAACUAUUGCUUUUGUAAAUCAGCAUGUCUCAGCUGUAGCUACCUUUGGUCAGCACAAGGGGGCGCUGCAACCUUUUGCUACCAACACCACACCAAGAAACACCACCAGCAUUUUCUGAAGGUAUAUCCCACCCCUUUCUCCCCUAAAACAUUUUAAAAUAUUACCAGUCUCAAGCUGCUCAUAGGUGAAAUUGAGUCACCAACUGACAUGUAUAUAUAAAAAUACAAAGACGAACCCUGAAGCUAACAAACAUUCCCCCAGAACAUCUUACUGUACACAGCUUUUUACGUUGUAGACAGGCUUAAUCCACUGAACUCUGAUCUAGGUAACAAUCACUGCAAGAUGUGAUAUUUUUCGUAUAUUGAUAUUUAGUAUUUGGAUAAAAUAAACUUUUAUUUCUUUACACAAAGUCUUUGCCCAUGUCCACAGAGAUAUUC